UUGGCGGCCGAAGCGGGUAUUCCACUGGGUAGCCCGAGCACAGCGCCCGGCAACCCUGUGUCGGGCGGCUCGAUUCGAAUCCUUGCUCUGGAACCGAAGAGCUUUGACUUCCACCAGUUUGUAAGCUACCGGAACCAGACCACGGGCAGCGGCUGGAGAGAGCCUCUGUUCACUUUCCCGUACGGCCCCGAGUUCGGAGCCACCAACUUUGGCCCACUGCCCAGAUUAGUGGAGAGUUGGAGCCUCGAGGAUGGGGGCAAGACGGUUGAUAUUGUGUUGAAGAAAGGCGUCAUGUAUCAGAACAAGGGACCCAUUCAGGGUCUCGAGAUGACCGCGGAAGACGUCAAGUUCAGCCUCGACCGGUCUCUUGAGCUUUCUAGCACUGGCAAGUCCCAGUUGAAGUCGAUCACGUCUGUAGAGGUGGUCGAACCGUACAAGGUGAGGAUCAACCAGGCGGCUUCGUUUGGACCACUGUUCGUAAACCUUGGACAGCAGUACAACGCGAUCUUCCCGGAGAAGUCGAUUGACGAGUUCGGGGACCUGGUGAGUUUCGAGUCGGCUGUGGGUACGGGGCCAUGGACCCCGACUGAAUACAGUCCGGGUUCGUUCAUGAAGUUGGAGCGCCAUGCGGACUACUGGAACGAGGGCCUUCCAUACAUUGACGUCGUGGAAGAAGUCUUCAUAUCAGACUACCCUGCGGCAGACGCGGCAUUCCGCUCAGGACAGCUCGACAUCACUGCUAUCGAUACAGACUGCAUGUCAGGUGAGCGCUACCAGGCGAUCAAGGACAAUGCUCCGGAUGCCGUUCCCACUAUCUUCCCGGACACCGCUAACGCGCGUGCUUUGACAGUGCGCAACGAUAAGCCCCCAUUCGACAAUGCGAGCGUCCGCCAGGCCGUGUCAUUGGGAAUUGACCGUCAGGGUUGGAUUGACAGCGUGCUUGGCGGAUUCGGCAUCAACCAGGCAUUUAUCAACCCUGGCCACGGCAAGUGGUGGCGUGACUUCGACCAGUUGGGCGACAAGGCCAAGUGGUUCAAGUUCGAUCCUGCCGAGGGCAAGCGGAUACUUGCGGAAGAGGGUGUCGAAGAAGGCCUGAAGGUCGUUCUCGACGGUACGUCAGGAUACGGACCCAGGAUUGAGUCCGAGCUGCAGCUCAUGGGUGAGAGCCUUCGCAAGAACCUAGGCUUCGACGUUCAGCUUAACAUCACCGAGUACAGCAGCAACUUCCUGCCCAACGUGUGGGGCAAGGGCGACUAUGAAGACAGCCUACGGCUUCCAGGGCGGUGGUCUCGACGCCAACGGCUGGCUCACAUUUGCCUACCAUUCCGAGACUAG